AUGCGGGAAUCCGCUGACUUUGACCGUCGAAUUGAUUUACAACAGAAACGGAAUCUAAGCACUCUCUUUCGAAAUACUCAAGAUGAUGCAUCUACAUCUCGGGAUUUACCACAGGCUCAGGAACACCUCGAUCAAUCUGCGGCUCAUAGGCCUCAACGUCAAAAACGCAAAGAAACUCCUGAACGUGAGAUCAACGUCCAGGAGAAGCGACGCCGAAUUGAUGCCUCGGAGCAAACCGUACCUACCAAUGGCCGCGAUCUUCAGGAAGGUUUUGAAGCGCAAGACAUGGCCCGACGUGUCCGACUAGGUGAAGGUUCCAGUCGACCUCCUCCAGAGACAACAAAGAAGCACGUACUUCUAGACAGAUCCCGCAAACUCAGUCCACAACCUGUACAGCAACGGACCUUAUCGUCCGAGUCUUCUUCAGAGUCGAACAAGAUGAAGGAUAUCCCUUAUCAUCAUCGUUCUUCGUCAGACCAUUCGAAAAAGGAAGUGGACCGGGACCACGAGCAAGACGGAGAUAUAGCAAUGGGAAGGAUGUUUCUGAGUCCAUCUAAUACAUCGACGUCGGAUAGCACCGAUUUACUUCCUGCUGCCGAGCCAGUCCGCAACACCUCCGAACCGAAUCUUCCUCCAACUUCAGCUAAAUCUCUCACCAAGGUUCAACAAUCAUUCUCCUCCCUUUCAAUGUCUUGGCUUUCCAUAAUCGACCAAUCACGCCUCGUCGAUAUGAUGGUCGAAAUUCUGUUUGAUCGAUAUAAAUUUCCUCCCGAAUAUGUCCUGCGGGUCUGGAAGCAAGCGGGUGAUUUGGAAGAGACCGAGGCAAUCCUCAAGCAAUUGAGAGACCUAGAAAAUGGAUUGUUACGUGAAUCCAGUUCGCGGCGCUCGUCUCAUACUGGUAGCAAUACUUCGAGCGGAAAUGGGAGAAAGGACGGAGAUCAGAUCACUGCUGAGCCUAUAAUGGGUGGACCACAAAGGGCUUCAUGUGCUAGUGGUGAUUCGAGUAUUGUUCGAAAUCCCAGUCGGCUUCGAGAGUCAUUUUCAGGAGACUUCUUGAAGCCUGAGGAGCGAGCUACUGAGACAAGGGCUACGUUCAGCUUUCCCAGAGCUGUAGAUUCACGUCAUGAUUUCGCGAAUAGUUCGAGUUUCAAGAGUAAUGUUACAACGCCAGCAACAUAUCAGUCGCGCGUUCCAAAUGAUACGUCUACAAGCCCGAAAUCAUCAAAAUCGUCGACUACUCGUGACUCUUCGGAUAAUCAGUCAGAAGCUCACACUUCGAACCCUUCCGAUGUAGAAGCGGCAUUGCCUCCCAAACUACAGGAGAUUUACUCUGCGAUCUCCUCGCCUGACAGGAAGAUGGUCUUGCAAAAGUUUUGGAAGGCUUAUGGAACGGAUUACAUCCAGGUAGAAAGUACAUUGAAUGAUAACCUACCCACGUUUAUGCUUUGA